AUGGCUUCGGGCGCUAGAACAUUGCCCAAGCGUGAGUCCACUGCCUUUGGCUAUCAAACUCCAGAUCCAAGCUCGCAUUCAAGUCGCACUCGCACACCAACACCUAUCAAAAACGAGAUUGACUUGACGUCAGACUCCGAAGUCGAAGAGCAUACCUUCAUCUACCACGGAUUGCCAAUGAAAAGAGAAGGCACAAGCCAAACAUUCAAGCAACAGCGAAGAUCAGUCUCUACAUUGUCUUCACCCUCACUCCCUUCUCGGUCUUCUCGUCCUCCUCCUUCAUAUUCCAGCCAGCCACAUCCUACCACAAUGCGGCCCCUAGAACCCGACGGGCUCGCAAUUGUUGGCCGAGAUGCCAAAAGACUUAUCGAUACUAUCGAAAAGUUGAAGCAGAUCGGCCUCCAAAGCGUCGACACCGAGCUACCAGAACUAGUCCUUGUUGGAGACCAGAGUGCGGGAAAGAGCUCACUAAUGGGCGCUAUUGCUGAGAUCAAUCUGCCGAAAGGCCAGAGCAUGUGUACUCGUUGCCCCACCAAUAUCAAGACGUCGCAGGCAGAUGCUUGGAGAUGUGUCGUGUCUUUGCAGUUGUCAUACACCCGCCAGAAGACUCGACCUAAUGUUGAGUUUCCAGGAUGGGUCGAAAGCGAUCGGCCCAUGGAGACGAGGGCGUUCAUGACCCUGACGCGCAAAGCUCAACUAGAAGAAGCCCUGCAAAUGGCACAGAUUGCUCUUCUUAACCCCAGUCAAGACACUAGAUCGUUCAUUCCAGGCACUGAUGAAUAUGAGCGACGACACGAGACUGGACCGCACGCAGACGAAGCGAAGUUCUCCCCCAACGUCAUCUCAGUCGAGAUUUGCGGACCUGGAUUGCCUAAUCUGUCGUUCUACGACUUACCUGGUUUGUUCCAAGCAGCUGAGGACACCACACAGGAGUAUCUAAUCAAGGUUUUCGAGAACUUAACUCGCAAGUACAUUCACCACAAGAAUGCGUUGAUCAUCUGUACCAUCACCAUGCAAAACGAUCCGGGCCUAUCCCGGACCAAAGCUGUAAUUGGUCACUGCAAGGCAGAAGAUCGAUGUAUCGGAGUGCUCACUAUGCCUGACAGGCUUCAAACCAGUGCAACGGCUCAUGGCGAUUACGAUAAUAUCUUCAAGAAGAAAAAGUUUGUACUACCUCUUGGGUACUUUGUCACAAAACAACCUGGAGCCAAUGCGAGUUUAGACCUCGAACGAUACCACGAAGAUGCUAAGAGGCAAGAGAAUGAAUUCUUCGAUACGGAUCCACUUUGGAGAGAAGGUGGGCAGUGGCAUCCAUAUAGGGACAUCUGUGGAACUGGGGCUAUUCAGAAAUACCUUUCAAGGCAGUUUGCCGCCUUGAUCUGGAACAGUAUUCCUGAUCUGACUCAGAAAGUCAACGACCAGACUCGAGAGGUUGAUGAGCAGCUUGCUUUGCUGCCCGAGGUACCGAACGACAAAGUCCAGCACAUCGUUCGCCGGGAAUUGCAUGAAUUCAGCCACCGUGUGCAGAAUCUUGUCACGAGCAGCUCGACUUCUGCGUAUUCAUUCCACAGCGAGUGGAAGUUGCUAUGUCGCCAAUUCUUGAAAGCCACAGAAGUUAUGAGACCUGGCUGCAUUUGCAGAGCUAGCUCAGACGAGGAUGUUGGUGUGAUUGUACUGGAUGAUGAAUCCGACGAUGGGAGGAGUGUGAGUGUUGCAUCAUCUCCUCUGAAUCGCAAGCGAGGGCUUGAUGGCGAUCAGCAUGGAGAUAAGAGAUUCACAGGUAGCAACAUCAGACCCAGAGCUGCUCACAAUGACCGUGAGUCCUCGAUCUCGCUGUUAGCAGCUCAGCAGGUCAAGCAGGAGGACAGAACUCCUCGCAGAAUGAUCAACGCCACCCCGAGACGAUCUGCGAAUUUUCGCAGUUUUAAAAAGGAAGAUUUCGGCCCAUUCUACGAAGGCUACCUUGACGCAGGGUCCGGAGCUCUGCGAAUCAUGGACAUUCGUGCUUCCAUCGAGGCGCACGCGGUUACUGGCAUUCCUGGUUACGUCAGUCACCAAGUAAAGGUUGACUACGCCCUGACAGCGAUUGCUGCGUGGAAAGGUCCGCUCCAUACUUUCAUCGACUACACAUUCCAAGGACUUCGAAAGGCUAUCCUCUCAACUCUGGAGAGUGUGCUCGAGAAAUAUAUCCACACAGAAUUGUACCGGAGCUCCAGGAAGUUGAUCGAAAAGUUUCUUGAUGACAAGGAGAAGGAGCAGCGCCAGAUUACCUGCGAGUUCUUUGAGACAGAGCGUACCAGCUUGUUUACAAUCAACGAUGACUCCUUCAACCAGUACCAGCGAGAAGCACUAGACGCCCUAACUGCGCAGCGGCGCAAGAUUCGUCUUGACUGUUACGUGUCGAAGCAAAUCCAGAGUGGAGCAAAGGUAAACGACGAAGAGAAAUUCAGGAAUUCUAUCACAGAUCAGCAGUUAGGCCCAGACAAAUACAUGGAGGAGCUCAAGGUCGCCGCGUAUAUCCGGGGAUACUACACCACUGCGAGGCUUCGAUUCACAGACACAAUAUGUGCCAAUAUGAAUGCGAGGUACUUCCAAAGCAUCAAGCGUGGUGUUAUAGAUUAUCUGGAAAAUAAUCUUGGGCUCAAUGAGGGUGACAGCGAGCAAAAGUGCCGCGAUCUACUUGAGAGUAAUGCUGAGGUAUCAGCUAGGCGCAACUCCUUGAAGCUGAAGAAGGCCCAGCUCCACGAGUUCACAAAAGUCCUCAACAAACUCAAGGCUGAGUUCAACAGCAAUGAUGGCGUUGACUCUGAUGAGGAGAUGGAGGGCUACAAUUCUGCUGUGAAUCUGUCAGGUCAAGCCAAUGGCCACCGUCAGUCUAACGGCAUGAAUGGAAGACUCUAUGUAGAGAGUUUUUCUCCAACUCUCAGCGGCUCCAUGUCCCAGACGUCAAAUCAUUUGCAGAAUGGAAUUUGA